AUGGAGGAACCUACCGAUGACGGCAUUCGCGAGCUGAUGUAUCAGCUAGAAAGCGCGACCAUCAAGUGCUCUGAGCGAUGUCUCUAUCAAUCUUCAAAAUGGGCUGCCGAAAUGCUCGAUUCUCUACGGCCUUUGGACCACGACGACACCGACCUCGAAUCACCAAUGGAUAUAACAGAUCCACCUAUCCCGCCUGCAAAUCCAUAUCUUCAAGUUCGUGACCCAGCCGAAGUCUCACUCGAAGCCCAAGAAUCGUAUAAGUACCUACUAGCCAAGUCUUACUUCGACACCCGCGAAUACGACCGCUGUGCUGCCGUGUUUCUUCCUCCCAGUACACCUCCAGUUCCGUUGUCGGUGAACUCACCCAACUCCAAGUCUAAACCGCCCCGAUCCUCCAAAAAGGGCAAGGAUGCGGGCUCUCCGUUCUCAAGCUCGAAGACAUCAAAGCUUCAGACCCACAACCCAUACCCUAAGAUGAGUCAAAAGUCUUUGUUUCUCGCCCUCUAUGCCAAAUACUUGGCGGGAGAAAAGCGCAAAGAGGAAGAGACGGAGAUGGUACUUGGCCCAGCAGAUGGCGGAAUGGCAGUCAAUCGAGAACUAUCGGGACUUGCCAGAGGCCUGGACGGAUGGUUAUCAGACCGAACCGCACAGGGGUUAGAUGACAGAGGUCAAGGCUGGCUUGAAUAUCUUUAUGCUGUUGUUUUGUUGAAAGGGCGAAAUGAGGAGCUUGCAAAAAAAUGGCUCAUCCGGUCUGUUCAUCAAAACCCUUAUCACUGGGGUGCAUGGCAAGAACUCAACGACCUCUUGGGAAGCACUGAAGACUUGAGGCAAAUUCUGGAACUCUUACCCCAGAACGUCAUGAGCCUGGUCUUCUACGUCUACUGCAGCCAAGAACUGUAUCAAGCCACUGAAGAUACAUAUCGUUCACUAUCUGAACUUCAGGCUAUGUUCCCAGAAAGCGCAUUCCUCAAGACACAGCAUGCAUUGCUGUUGUAUCAUUCUAAGGACUUUGAGGAAGCUUCUCAUAUCUUCGAAGAUAUUUUGGCCACUUCGCCCCAUCGCUUGGACAGCCUUGACCACUAUUCCAAUAUUCUCUACGUCAUGGAUCACCGACCUCAGCUUGCUUUCGUUGCUCAAGUCGCAACUGCCACCGAUAAAUUCCGCCCCGAAACGUGCUGCGUCGUCGGAAACUACUAUUCCUUGAAAUCAGAGCACGAAAAGGCGGUCAUGUAUUUCCGCCGAGCUCUCACUCUCGACCGAAACUUCCUAUCUGCGUGGACCCUGAUGGGACACGAGUACAUUGAAAUGAAGAACACGCACACCGCCAUCGAGUCAUACCGUCGAGCCGUCGAUGUCAACCGCAAAGACUACCGCGCUUGGUACGGCCUCGGACAAGCCUAUGAAGUCCUCGAUAUGUCCUUCUAUGCCCUAUUCUACUACCAGCGUGCCGCAGCACUACGUCCGUAUGACCCCAAGAUGUGGCAGGCAGUCGGUUCAUGCUACGCUAAAAUGGGCCGUGUGGAGCAGAGUAUUCAGGCUCUCAAACGUGCACUGGCGGCUGGGUCACUGCAACCAGAUGACGGUAGCUCUGGGUCCCGCAAAAUCCUUGACCCAGAGACCCUACACCAGAUCGCAACCCUGUACGAGCGACUUGGUGAUGAAGAGGAGGCCGCAGGAUACAUGGAGCUCACGCUUCAACAAGAGUCAGGCGGCCCUGCGAACGAAAACUCCGACGUCGAAUCUUCAUCGGACUCCGAGCACACCUCACCAAGCGAUGCCGAGAUUGAACAUUCGGGUGAUGACGAUCCAGAUAGACCACGCAGACACCGUCGUAGCCGGAAGCCUCGUGCUAAAGAGUCAUUUGCCGCUCAACAUGAUGACUCCCUCGUUAGCGAGUCGUGGAAUGGGACCGGCGUUACGCCUACAACAUCAAAGGCGCGGUUGUGGCUUGCACAAUAUGCGUCACGGAAUGGUGAUCUGGACCGUGCAGAUCAGUUGGCUGGCGAGCUCUGUCAGGAUGGUAUAGAAGUCGAAGAGGCCAAGGCCUUGAUGAGAGACGUGCGAGCGAGGAGGGAAGAUGCCAGCUAG